GACUCGGAGUCGUCGACGGUCAAGUUCAUCACGAAUCACGUCAGGCAUGUCAGGUUGUUGGCCAACGACUGGGCCUGGAAAGAAUGAUCAGAUAAUACUGCAGCUGCAGGUCAUGCAGAAUUUGUGUGGGUAGACCUAUUGAAUGAGAAUGGAAAUGGAAAAGAAUAAUAGAAGUUCUGUCACCGAAGAAGAAUUUUUGAGAUUGGCCCAGCUCAUCCCACCGAGGUACUAUUCAGAUUUAGGGAUACAUUUGGGAAUCUCAUCUGCUGAACUUGAUCAUAUCAUUGUCCAACAUUCAUCAGAUUACAAGGAUGCAUUGAUGACAAUGUUCACACGGUGGAGAGAUGAACAACGUCCAGAUGAAGAUAUCAGAGCUCUUCUUGCAGAAGGAUUAGAAAAGAGUGACUUAGGGGGAUUGUCCAAAGAACUUCUAGCUGGGAAUCUAAUCCAGAAAACAACAGAUGUCAGACAAACAACUGCAACAACUUCAAGAGCAUCAACUUCAACAGGAGCAGUAGACAUGUCAGCAUUACCACAUACCGUCAGUGAGGAAGAACUUUUGAUGUUGUCAAUGGAAAUUGGACCUACUUACUACAAGAGGAUUGGCGUUAACCUGAAGAUCUCGUUUGUGACUCUUGAUAAAAUAAAGAAAGACACACAAGAUACUACUGAUGCUUUGAUGACAGUAUUCACAAGAUGGAGGGAUAAACAGCUUCCAGACACAAACAUCAGGGCUCAUCUUGCAGCGGCUUUACAAAAGAGUGGUCUAGUUUUGCUGUCUCGGAAACUGAUUACUGGGAAUCUAUUAACAGAGCCGACAGUUGAGGGUACACCUGUGAAAAUUCCAGUAUCAGAGACCAAACCACUUACCCCUGACCUGAUCACGAGAUGUAAAGAUGAGCUCCAAGACAAGUAUAGGACUGAUUUCUGUAUGAUAAGAGCUGAUCCACUAGAUCCUGAUUCUAUUGUGCCAUUCGAAGAUAUGUACACAAGCCUUUUCUUGGAAGAAGAAAAACGAAAGGAAAGGAGUCAACUUGAGUAUAAGGAUCUCUUUAAUCUCAGAAUCAAUGGAGUGUUCCCCAAACGGAUCAUGAUCCAAGGAGAGGCAGGGGCUGGAAAGACCACAUUCUUGGCUAAGAUUGCAUGGGACUGGAUAAACGAUAGUCCAGAUCUGUCAAAGUUUGUGUGGGUACUCAUUAUCCCUCUGCGUGAAGCCAAGCGAUACACAAUUGGUCAGAUAGUUAAGUCAUAUCUCUCAAAGGACAAUCCAGCAACAGCCUGUCAGAUCACAGAGUACAUCCGUUCAAAUCCAGAAAAGGUAUUCAUUGCCUGUGAUGGAUUAGAUGAGUUUAGUGGCAAGGUUGUACAGCACACUGAAACCAAGCAAGGUUCGGAAGGUGCUCAGUCCGAGUUCAAAGUUGGAUCAGAAACAAGUCCAGCAAGUGUAUCUAUGCACACAAGAACUAACACCAAACUAAAUGUACGUUCUUUGGAGAGAGGUGAUAUCACAGUUGAAGAUAUUCUUUGUUCAGAUGAACUUCGUACUUGCCCUGUAAUGGUGACAAGCCGUCCAUGGAAGGCCAAUGAAAUAAGAUGGAAUGAUAGUUUAAGAAGACUAUACACAUUCAUCCACGUGGAAGGCUUUAGCAGGGAGAAUGCAAUGGUUUACAUUCGCAAUUACUUCAAAGACACUGAGGCUACAGCAGAUGAAUUCAUUCAAUUGUUUGAAAACAAUGAUAUCAUAUCAGAGAAUAUGGCGCCAUAUCCUAUCUACAUAUCUAUGCUCUGUCACAUGUGGAGAGAACUUGAUGACAAAAAGAAAGAAGAGUUGAAGGCUUUUCAAACAUUCUCUGAAAUAUUCCGUGAAGUGUUUGAAUUCCUAAAGGUGCGUUAUGUCCAGAAAGAGAUCCCAGAUUUAAGUAGCCCAUUAUUCAAUACAUAUCGCUCUGAAAUUGAGAAACCCCUGGAACCAAUUGCCAAGGUUGCUUUUACUGGACUGCAAUCAAACAACCUUAUUUUCAAUGAGGAAGAUUUUAAACAGUACUCAGACUCUGUGGAAACAGCAUGCAAAGUAGGAGUGUUGUCACAGGAGAAAAAGCUCUCAUCCAUUCAUGAUAAGAGCAGUCGCUACCUGCAGUCAACAUUCUUCUUUCCUCAUAAACUAUUCCAGGAGUACAUGGCUGCAGUCUAUCUUGCUUCUCUCUAUGAUUCAGAUCGCAAUGAAUUUAAGAGGCUGAUUGAGGAAGUAGUGAUCCCUAGGAAGGAAGAGUUUAGGUAUCUCCUGUACUUCACUGUGUCUCAGAACAAAAACAUUGCCAAGUAUACCACAAAAUGUCUGUUACAACAGUACACCCAAAGCCAAGGAAAGACGGAGAUGAAUUUCUUGGUUGAUGUAGCUUUUGAGAGUCAAGAUGAAGAUACCAACGCCAUGCUCCAGAAUUCAGUAUCAUCUCUGUCCAUUGAUGUUAAAGACACACACACUAUAGCUGGUUAUGCAUCCACUGGGAUAUAUUCAAAGGCGAUCACAAUGCGUAUUGGUAAAUAUAAUUCCUAUGGACCAGGUAUAUCAAAUGAGGUUGCAGUGAUGAUAUGCUCAGCACCAUCACUAAGGGAUGUUAGACUGAAUGCAAGCUUUCACCCUACCUUCUAUGAAACUCUUGCCAGAGAAGGAAGGAAAGCCACAGUCCAUACUCUUGUGAUUGGGAAUUAUAAGCCUCUAUCAUCAGCCUCUUCACAUCACCUAGCAGAAGCUGUAUGCUCCCUACCUAACCUGACUAACCUGACACUGAGUGGAGUUUGUGACCAGGAGGAGUUCUAUUCUCAUCUGAAUGAGAAGGCUUCAACCUUGAAGGUCCAUACUCUUGGGAUUAUGAAUGAUGGGAUUUUCAAUAUUAAGCCUCUAUCAUCAGCCUCUUCACAUCACCUUGUAGAAGCUUUAUGCUCUCUACCUAACCUGACUAACCUGACACUGAGUGGAGUUUGUAACCAGGAGUUCUAUUCUCAUCUGAAUGAGAAGGCUUCAACCUUGAAGGUCCAUACUCUUGUGAUUUGGAAUGAUAAGCCUCUAUCAUCAGCCUCUUCACAUCACCUAGCAGACGCUUUAUGCUCCCUACCUAACCUGACUAACCUGACACUGAGUGGAGUUUGUGACCAGGAGUUCUAUUCUCAUCUGAAUGAGAAUGCUUCGACCUUGAAGGUCCAUACUCUUGUGAUUUGGAAUGAUAAGCCUCUAUCAUCAGCCUCUUCACAUCACCUAGCAGGAGCUUUAUGCUCCCUACCUAACCUGACUAACCUGACACUGAGAGGAGUUUGUGACCAGGAGGAGUUCUGUUCUCAUCUGAAUGAGAAGGCUUCAACCUUGAAGGUCCAUACUCUUGAGAUUGAUAAUGAUGAGCCUCUAUCAUCAGCCUCUUCACAUCACCUAGUAGGAGCUUUAUGCUCCCUACCUAACCUGACUAACCUGACACUGAGAGGAGAUUGUGACCAGGAGGAGUUCUGUUCUCAUCUGAAUGAGAAGGCUUCAACCUUGAAGGGUUCUUUCCCUCAGAUCAGCAAAGGAAAUUUCAUGUUCAAUGAAGAGCCUCAGAAGGAUCUUCAAUCAUUCUUACAAGCAGUCAGUGACGAGAUACGAUUUUUUCGGGGAAGAUCGCUUAAGAUGAAAGCUAAAUAUCCCUAGGCAAGAGGAACUUUUUCGGGCAAGAUUUCUUAAGAUGAGAGCUCCACGAUGGGACCCUUUUUCUUAACAUGGGUACUCUGCUGCUGGCGCCUCUUCCUCAGACAAAUAUUUUGAUGAAUGACAUUUCUCUGCCAUGGACUGUGUCAUUAUCAUUAGCAAUAAUACAUGUGAGCGCAUUGAUGUAAAAAUCACUAUGAUGUCACUGAUGUCUGCACAAUACGCUGCCGUAGUAACCGGUGAUGCUGAAUGAAAGCCUUGGAAUUUUUUAAUAAAAAUAGACCACCUUGGACUUGAUUAUUUAGUGUAUGUAUUGGUGACAUAGUGCCAAGUAAUUCAUACAAACAUAUAACAGAGUAUCCCAACCAUCUAGAUGGUAUAACCAGUUUCAUUCUACUCUAAUGAAUAGAACCAUCUUAUUAGUCUACAUGACAGUCACUAGAUCCUACAAUGGUGUGUACAU